AUGGAUGUCCUUGAUCACAUGCUGACAGACCCCCUGGACUCAGAAAAGGCCAAUGAUGGGCGCAUCACUGAAGAGUGCAUGUUGGGAGACUGUCGAGUGAGCCUUCCAGAAGACCUACUAGAAGAUCCUGAAAUCUUCUUCUCUGUGCUGAGUGAAGGCACAUGGUCUAAAGUACUGACAGAUGAACAGAGGCAGCAUCUCCGUCAACUGUUACCACACUUUCCCGACGACAACACUAGUGAGCAGGACCGCACCAUCAGCGACCUCUUCAACAACCAGAACUUCUGCUUCGGAAACCCCUUGCACCUUGCACAGAAACUGUUCAGAGAUGGCCAUUUUAAUCCAGAAGUGGUCAAGUACAGACAUCUGUGUGCCAAGUCCCAGAAAAAACGUCAGCUCUACUCCUUUCAGCAGUACUACCACAAACUCCUCAAACAGAUCCUGGUCUCUAGAAAGGAACUACUGGAGUUGGCAGUCCACAGUGGCCCUAACAUCGCGGUGAAGAGAAAGUACCCCACCCAGAUGCCUGGUGAGAUGCAGGAACAGAGGGUGAGAGGAAGAGUGUGCCGGAUACUAAGGGAAGUUAAAACGGACUGUGGAGACCGAUAUGCCUCAUCUGACGAUGAUGGUACAGCCACUUCGCUGCCAACACCUCAGUCUCCUUCCUCUCCCACACCUACUGUCUUUGUCAGGGUUCUGCCCAGUCUCUCCACCCAGGACAUGAAGACCACAGAUAAGCCAGAGCUGGGAGAGAAGGACAUGAGAGCCAUGCUACGGAGACAUAGAGAGAAGGGGAGACGGCAACCGGAUCAUCCAGAUUUGAUGACCUCAGACAUCCACCUGGGCGACAUGAUGUCUAGAGUGAACAUAGGUCGUAAAGGCGCCAUGAUGGCACUGUUUGACCUGGCUCUGCCCAAGAGGAAGAUGAGGGAGGAGGGGAGAAAGAAGAAGAUGAGGACAAUUAAAGUGGAGUCUGAGGAUCCCUGCGAGGCUCUGAUGCCUUCAGAAGCACCAGCUCCAUCCCUUAACAUCACAGGUGCUCUGACACAUCAGUCACUCCACUGCCCAGUGUCAAGGAAGAGUGAGCCGAUGGAGGAGGUGCAGAACAGGCCUGUCAUGGUGGAGGAGAUUGCUGUGAGCUUCUUCAACCUGCUGGAGAAUAUCCUGAGACUAGAGGGGCUCGCCAGCGCAGCCAUGUUGGAGGAGAAGGUCCAACGGUGGCAGACAUCUCCAGCUAGUUCCCUGAACCCCUGGUUCUCCUCGGCCUCCUGCUGGUCAGAGAUGGUGCUGCCGGCACUGCACUUCCUGGCUGGGGAGAGUAAAGUUCAUAUGAUGGUUAUUCCCAGUGGCUUCACCCCCUAUGUGGCGUUCAGGGAAAGCUCACAGCAAUGGAAAUGGAUUAGUCCCAGUCCGGAUGGAGAGAAGGAUUUGAGUGCUCUGUGUCAGCUGUGGGUCGACUCCAAGGACUUGGUUGUGGUCAAGACAGAAUGUGAAGAACCAACAGAGAUGACUUCUCCCACCCCUAGAGUUUGGACAAACUAUGUGGUGCGGGCCAGCACUGGAGACCAGAGGCAUGUUUUUCAAGUGCAGGAGCAGCAUAGGUAUGACCAGCCACACAAAGCCUUCACCUUCAGAAUGCAUGGCUUUGAGUCUGUGGUGGGGCCUGUUAAGGGGGUCUUUGACAAGGAGAUGUCUCUUAACAAGGCCAGAGAGCACACUCUUCUGCGCUCAGACCGCCCAGCCUAUGUCACCAUCCUCUCCCUGGUGCGGGACGCAGCAGCCCGGCUGCCCAACGGAGAGGGGACCAGGGCUGAGAUCUGUGAGCUGCUCAAGGACUCUCAAUUCCUGGCACCAGAUGUCACCAGUGCUCAGGUGAACACGGUUGUGAGUGGGGCUCUGGACAGGCUGCACUAUGAGAAGGACCCCUGUGUAAAGUAUGACAUCGGCCACAAGCUGUGGAUCUACCUGCACCGCGACCGCGGUCAGGAGGAGUUUGAGAAAAUUCACCAGGCUCAAGCUGCUGCUGCCAAGGCCAGAAAGACACUGCAGCAGAAACCUAAACCUGCAUCCAAGCCUAAGUCUGGCAGUAAGGAGGGCAGUGGUAAGACCUCUGGAGGCCUGGAAGCAGGUGAUAUGGGAGGUCCCAUGUCCCCAACUCCCACCACCCCUGGAACCCCCAAAUCACCCCUCGCCCCUGUAGCCACAACCCCCACUAAAGCUGGGAUGCCAGAUUCAGUCAAGACCAGUCCUGGUGUUCUCUUAGUGUCUCCUCCCCACAUGCCCCAGCUGGGGACCCUGUUGUCCAGCAGCCAGUCUGGCCCACAGGUCUCUCAGCCAGCUACCUCCCAUUACUCAGCCAGGGUAGUGGGCCACCAGUCAGGCUCUCUGCCUCAGGUAAGAGUGGUCUCAGCCCAGACAGCAAUAGGACAGCAGGACACGCUGGUGCACCAGACCCCUCAUCAGAUCAGAGUGCCAGUCACCAUGGGCGCCACACAGGUGGCCAUCACAGGCCAGAUGGGCAUGAAGGCUCAAGGUGGAGCAGGAAUUCCAAUAACCGAUACGAAUCUCCGCAUCCAAGGCAAAGAUGUGCUCCGCCUGCCCCCUUCCUCCAUCACCACAGACUCUAAAGGACAGACGGUGCUUCGGAUCACACCUGACAUGAUGGCCACCCUCACCAAGUGCCCCGUCACCACCGUCAAACUCACCCCCGACAUGUUAGGCACUGCCACUACCAAGAGCAUAUCUGCUACUCUUCGUGUGACCCCACCCCACCACUCCUCCAGCCCAACCUCCUCCUCGGGUGAAGUUCUGACCAGCAAGGCCUCCACUGGCACCACCACCCUGUUGAAGGCUGCAGGGGACACUAUCUGUCUGAUGCCCACCCUGGCAGUCACUAUGGCCGAGCAGAAGACCAGAACCUUCUCCACCGUCUCCUCGUCUGACUCGAAGUGUGGCACCACCAUACGGAUCAUGCCCGGCCUCGGGGUCAUCCCACAGAAACAGGGUCAAACCAUCACCAUGACAACCACCACUGGCAGCAAACCAGUCUCCACUGGGGCCGCGACUGUCACCAUAGCCACCAGUGGAGUGGCCUCAGGCUGUCUGACUCUGGGAACAGCCACAGCUACUGUCUGCCAGGUCCCUGUCACAGCCACAGUGGUGUCCACACAACCAGGGAAGUUACCAGCUCGGAUCACAGUGCCUCUGUCUGUCCUCAGCCAACCACUGAAAAGCAAGAGUGUAAUGACCACACCCAUAAUGAAAGGAAACAUCAGUACGAAUCUGGGCAGGAACAUCAUCCUCACCAACAUGCCUGCAGGAACCAAGCUGAUAGCUGGGAAUAAGCCAGUCAGCUUUGUCACGGCGCAACAGUUACAGCAGCUGCAGCAACAGGGCCAGGCCACACAGGUGUGCAUCCAGACGGUACCAGCCCAGCAGCUCCAGCAGCGCUCUGCAGCAGGCUUCCCCAAGUCUGUGUCCACUGUCAUAGUCACCACCACACACUCACCCAAAUUAACCCCUGCCCCACCACCACCGGCACAGUGAGACGCAAUCCCAGAGCCUGCUACUGCUCUGUGCAGUACUACAACCUGUGCUUCAGAGGCAAGUGAUGCUAGGGGGCCGUAGCGCAUCUCUGCUCUCUCAAUGUUUGGGAGGACAUUGAUGUCUGGAGAGUUUGCAGUAGAUGAACAGAGGAAUAAUCCCAGGACAGCAUGUACCGUUUAGAGACAUUGGUUUCAGAAAAUAUUAAUACCCCUUGACUUAUUCCACAUUUUGUUGUUACAACCUGAAUUCAAAAUGGAUUAAAUA